AUGAGAUCUUCAGUGAGACUUCGGAAUUUAAUGUCUCAGCUCAAAUCUUCAAGGAGAUCAAGAUAUCCAAUGGGAUCCAAAUCUCCAAAGAGAAGAGUCAUGACUCCAAAGACUAGAGCAAAGUCUCCAAGGAGAACCAAAUCUCCAAGGAGAUCCAGGUCUCCAAGGAGAUCCAAAUCUUCAAGGAGAUCAAGAUAUCCAAUGGGAUCCAAAUCUCCAAAGAGAAGAGUCAUGACUCCGAAGACUACAGCAAAGUCUCCAAGGAGAACCAAAUCUCCAAUGAGAUCCAGAUAUCCAAUGGGAUCCAAAUCUCCAAAGAGAAGAGUCAUGACUCCGAAGACUACAGCAAAGUCUCCAAGGAGAACCAAAUCUCCAAGGAGAUCCAGGACUCCAACGAGAUCCAAAUCUCCAAUGAGAUCCGAAUCUCCAAAGAUUAGAGCCAAGUCUCCAAAGAUGGGAGCAAAUAGAUCCAAAUCUCCAAGGUUGAGAGCCAAGUCUCCAACGAGGAGAGUAAAGCUUCAGAGGGAGUAUUCGGGCUACACAGUGUCCAACAUGAUACUGGAGGCUGUUUCCGCUUCCAAAGAGCGCCAUGGAAUAUCCCUGCCUGCCUUGAAGAAGGCUCUGCAGGCUGGAGGAUAUGAUGUUGCGAGGAACAACGCCAGGGUCCUCCUCACCAUCAGACGCCUAGUGGCCAGCAAAUAUUUGGUUCAGAAAAAGGGCCCCUCAGGCUCCUUCAAGGUGAACAAAAAGGCUCCUGCACCUUGA